CGGUGGAAUGUCGCGUUGGAUUUUUCUUGUUUCAUAGCGGACAUGUUCUCAUUUGGCCUCAUCGAAACACCAGUCAUGCACGAUUGUCUGGGGAUUCUGUUGCACGAGAUGGUUGGCGUGCAACACGUACGCGCCGUCCAAGCCAUGGUUAAACGCGCUGGACCGACGUUAUGGCAAUCAGCCGAUAGUCAUGAA